UCCGUUUAUAAACCCUUUACAGUGUAUCAGUAGCAUCCUAGUUCACUAUGAGUUCACUUGCCAAACUCGCCAGGUUUUUACGAGUCAGACCCACCACUUCACUCGUGGUGGGUGUACAAAGAAACUCGAAGGUGUGGCACUCAACGGUGUCGUUUGAUGGUGGCAAUGGUGAUGGGAAGAAUGGCGAAGGUGAAGAGUCUGAUAAUGAUUUGGUUACUGAGAAGCCUAACUUGCAACUCCAAGGUGUGGAUCCCAGGAAGGGUUGGGGUUUCCGGGGCGUGCACAAGGCAAUUAUUUGUGGCAAAGUUGGGCAAGCUCCCGUGCAGAAAAUCUUGAGAAAUGGCCGAACGGUGACGAUAUUUACUGUUGGGACUGGGGGCAUGUUUGAUCAAAGAAUUGGAGGAAAAGACUUGCCGAAGCCAGCUCAAUGGCAUCGAAUUGCAGUACAUAAUGAACCACUUGGGGCUUAUGCUGUUCAACAACUUGUCAAAAACUCUUCAGUUUAUGUUGAGGGUGACAUUGAAGUUAGAGUUUACAAUGAUAGCAUCAAUGGUGAAGUUAAACAUGUGCCUGAGAUUUGUAUUCGUCGUGAUGGGAGGAUUCGCCUUAUAAAGACAGGAGAAAGCAUCAGCAAUAUUUCUGUUGAUGAACUGCGAGAGGGGUUGUUUAAUUAAUUGGCACAUUGUGGAAAUCAUUCUUCUUCUUAUAAAGGAAGAAAAGUUGAAGCCUCAACUUUGUAAGAAACGUAUAUUGUUUUAGUUGGUCUGAAUUGUAACCAGGCAAAGACAGUUGCUUUUCUUGUUUUAUUUCUAUCCAUAACCUGAAUUUUCAGUGGUGGUUAAAAAUAUUUAUUUCCUUUCUAUUUCAUUGUUCUGUUGAAUGUCAUCCUUUCCGGAUAAAGGUGACAUAUAUUUAUAUCAGAAUUUUAUGUUAUUAUCUUGGGUUA